AUGUCCACCAAGCUUGACUCUCUGCUUUGGGUUUUUGUGCUACUGUAUUCCAUCGCUGAGAUUUCAUCAAAAUUUGAGUUCACAAACAUCAAGUGCACUUCUUUGGAUACGAAUUUUGCCGAUUUCGAAUACUGCUUUUUGAAAUCGGUCAAUCGAACCUACAAAUAUAUGUCCCUGAAGGUGAAUUUAUUUAAAACUCCCAUUACCAAAAUCAAGGUUAAUGGAGCCCUGUUCAAGAGAUUCAGCGGCUACAGACCGUUCAUGUACAAUGUGACUGUAGAUGCCUGUAGAUUUCUGAAGGAUACAGCGUCCAACCCUGUCGCCGGAUACCUUUUUAAUUUAUUUAAGAAGUACUCCAAUAUGAACCAUACAUGCCCCUACGAUAACGAUCUGGUCCUCGAAAAGCUUCCCAUCGACUUUGUUAAUCAACAGGCCACAAAAGUUUUACCUUUUCCAGAAGGGGACUAUCUUUUAGAAUCGAAUUGGAUUGCCUACGAUAUUAAUCGAGCUGUGGUAAAAGUCUAUGGAACUAUUUCAUAAGUGAAUCUCUGCUAUAAGUUUCGAAAUGAGUUUGUAAUA